AUGGACUCGUUAUUUGAUCAAUUGAAUCAUUUUAAGAAAAAAAGAACUACAUAUGAUAAGAUCCCACAUGAUUUGCUGGAAGAAGAACAAGAAUCAGAAGACAUUUUAAAGAAUAAAACUGCAAAAGAAAUAUCGCAACUGGAUGGAGGUAUAUUGUUUGGGAAUUCUAUUUUAGGCCAGAUAAGAAAUAGAUUGAAUAACAUUGAUAAUGAAGAUAAAGACAAAGGCAAGGAAGCCAGUGAAAGUAUAACCUCAAAAGACAACGAGCAGGAUUCUACACAAAUUUUCCCACAGACUCAAAUAAUAAAUAACCUAUAUGAUGGAGGUGAGGAUCUAGAAAAUGAGAUAUUCCAUAAUUCUUUCAAAAAAACUCAGAUCAUAACGGAUAAUAUACUAAUAGAGACAAAUACAAAUGAUAAGUCUACUCAAUAUGAAAAAACUCAGGUUAUUACAAUAAAUGAACGCCUAUCGGACAAACCAUUAGACGUUGUUAAUAAUACACAAACUGUUUUAGUUAUAGAAAAUACGCAACCAUUGCCAAGUGAAAUUAAAACUCAGGUGGUUAAUGAAGUAAAUUCGGCAUUACCAGUCACACAACCUACUCAGACUAUUGUAGCAACACAAGCAAAUGAAGUUACAUAUGAUACUCAAGAACUGAUGCCUACAGUAGAUGAUGUUGCAAUGAGGAGUACGGGACUUAAGAUAACAGACAUUGAGAAAGAGUUGGAAGAGGAACAAAGACUUGCAAAAGAAACAGAAUUUGGAACCGAAUUUAAGUUCAAAGAGAGCGAAUCUAAGAUAUCAAAAAAAUUCUCGAAAGAGGACUUUUUAAAUCAUUUUGAUGACUCUAGUUCUUCUGAAGAUGAAACGUCAAAAAAUGAAAAAGGUCCAAAUGUUGAUAAGUCGGAAGUACUUCAUCCUGACAAUAAAUCGAAAACUCUUUUAAAGGUUAAAUCCAUUAACGGGUUAGGAAACUAUGAACAUAAUUUGAGAAGAAAAGCAAAUAACGAACAAAUCAUUGAAUUCUCAGAAAGUGAUGAAGAUAGUGAUACAAAUAUUUCUCCAUCAUAUGCAUCUAAGGCAGUUAUUCUUAAUAUCAGAGCAAAUAAAUCUAAACAGCAACCAAAAGUUAGUCAAAAAAGUGAUCAAACUACUUUAUUGAUGUUGUAUAAUAAUUUAAAAAGAGCAAGUAAAGAACAAAUUGUCUCGUAUCAGAAGGAGCUGAUGGAGAAAAAAGGUAUUAAUUUAGAGGAAUUGGAAAAAGAGAACGAGAUAGUAGAAAAUUUAUUAGAGCAAGAAAUUGCAAGAAACCAAAAAAUAAGACAAAGAGAAAAGCAAAAACAGAAGAAAGAGAACCAAGAUGAUUUGAAUAGUAAUCCAGAGGAGUUUGAUUUAAGUGCCAAUGAGUUAGAAGAUUCUGAUAUUCCAGGAAGUGACUUUGCUGAAAGCAACAAUAAUUCUGAAAAAGAUGAUGAGGAAGAGGAAAAUGAUGAGGAAGAGGAAGAUGAACAGGAAGAUGCUCCAAAAUCAACUGUGGAUGAAGAAGAUGAAGGCUUUGCCAUAGGCAAAAGAAAGCAUAAAAAGACAGAAAUAGUAGAUGAUUCUGAUUCUGAAAUAGAGGCACAGAUAGUAGACUCUAAAGAAAUAAUAACCGCUAAUACGAUAGACUUGGGUCAUUAUGGAGAUAAUAUCAUUCAACAAUCCCGAGAAACAUUGAAUGAAACGGAGGAAUCAGAUGAAGAAGACGAGGAACGUUAUAAUGCAAUUAUCAGUGAAGGUAUAAGAAAACAAAAAGAGUUGGAAAAAAGAGAAGCAAAGAGAUUAAAGGAAAUGAAGACUUCUGGGGUAUCUAAAAUGUUUGAAGUCGAAGCUGAAGAAUCUGAAGAUGAAUGGCAUGGUAUCGGUGGUGUUGAUAGUGAUUUUUCCGACGCAUAUGAUUCAGAAGUAGAGAAGAUGAUCGAUGAUUACAGCAGACAGAAUUUUAAUCCCAGUGAGAUUAGAGAAAUGCUUGCCAAAGAAAAUAAGGAAACGGAUUUAGCUUUGGUUAACAAAAUAUUAUACGAUAUAAAAAAUGGUGGAUUUCGGACAAGAAAAAGACGUGAUCGGGACCUUGAAUUUAGCGAUGACGACGACGACGACUUGAAAGCAUACAGAGCGAAACGCAGAGCUUUAAUGAGAGAGAAACGUCUUGAUAUUGAAGGAGAUAAAAAGAUAGUAAAAAAUCCAAAAUCUAAAGCUUUCUUUGAAAGUAUUGUAGAUGAUAUUAUUGAAACUAAAAAUCCUUUUGAUGAUAUGAAUACCAGCAUAGAACAAAUAGUUGAAAAGGAAACACCGACAGUUGACAUUGAUAAUGAUGAAAAGUUGGCUACGAAUGUAACAAAGAAAAAAAAGAAAAUUGUUAUCUCUGAGGAAUUUGUACAGAGAAGUCUUUCUUUCCUGAAUUCUUGUAGAGAACAAGAUGAAUUUGAAAUAAAUAAUCAGCAUAAUGGUGGCGAAAAGGCUACUUCGACUGCUGAUCUUUAUACAUUGAAACGUUACAGUUCAAUCAAAACUCUCCAAUCAGUAACCAGCUCACGUUCGAGUUCAAUUGCAUCAAAUUUAAAUGAACAACCAUCUCAAAGUAGUGGAUCAUUAUUUAAUGACCUAAGGAAAACAUCCGUUUUAAAUUCAUUUAGCUCUGAUGUUGACAUUAAUUCAAAAUUUAAGGAAGGUACAAAAUCCGUUAAAGUAUCAAAUGCAUAUAAAACUGUUGGUAGUGCUCGUGCAUCCAUUACUUAUAUGGGUACUUCUAGAAGACUAGUUGCUCCUAAAAAAAGUAGACUGACAACAUCUUCUAAAGCAAAUAGCAGAACAACACCAAGCAGACUAUUUGACAAUCAAGAAGGUAGUUUUGAGUAA